GUCUGGUGCACAGGUGGAUGUAUUUUCCCUCUUUUUCUUUCUCUUCCUAUGUGCUCCCAAAUGCUGAUACUAUGUGGGAAUGCAUAAAGAGUGGCAGCAUUAUUUUUGGUCUGUGGACUACUGUCCUGUCCACGGACACUCACCCUGCUGCUUUUCCCUUCCUUACAUCUGGAUUUGUUUGGCUUUUCCAUUGUUGGAUUUGUGGAAUCUUAGCUGAGAGCUGCUAAAGCGUGACGUCAACAGUCGGUGACGCGGCCUUCAGGAUGUCAGCAUCGGUGCAAGUCUCACAGAUGAAGCGGCAGCAUCAUCAACAUAAGGAGCAUCAUCAACAUAAGGAGCAUCGUCAACAUAAGGAGCAGCAUCAAGAGCAACACUAUGAGAGCAGCUGUCACUUGAGUGCCAAGUCGUCCAUUAGCAAGCAGUCCUUCUCCACUUACAAGACCACCAGCCAUCGUGUGAAGACCGUAGUGAAGACAGAAAAAGGGCAGGAGGUGGUCAAACUGAGUCCGCUACCCAAGAGAGCCAAGCGCACCUACCUGGCCACGGACUUGGACAAGGAAGUCAUCGGAUAUGUCAUUCCGGUUUUCAGAGCCAAUCAUGAAGAAAUCCGCGGUCUGAUGGAGGCCCGUGAAGAGGAUGUGACCGAGGAGGGCAUCAACUACGUGGCCAUGAGGAACCUCUUUGUCAGGGAGGCUAAGGAAGCCCUGGAGGUCAAGGUGGAGAAGAAAACCAGGACUACACACAUCCGGGAAUCUGCUGAGCGCUUGGAGCUGAACAAAACUCUGGAAGAGUGGACAGAGUUCCGCAAGAAAAUGAACCCAGACAGCUUGACUCACGCCCCGGAGUUCAUCGGCAGGCCCCGUGGACAGACUGUCUGGGAGGGCCAGACCAUUACACUGCACUGCACCGUAGCAGGCUGGCCCAAACCCAGAAUUGCCUGGUACAAAAACAACGUACUGAUCAAUGCCGAUGCCCACUCUGAGAAAUACACCAUUGAGAGCAAUUACAACAUGCACUCACUGGCGAUCAAGAACUGUGACUUCUACGACACGGCUCAGUAUCGCGUUUCUGCGCUCAAUGUGAAAGGAGAGAUGUCGUCAGUGGCUACCAUUGUCGUUAAACGGUUCCAGGACGACGAGGAAUGUGGACCGCUUCCAUCCAAGCCUCAUGGCUUCUCCCUCCAGCACGGCGUCACCUUCGAGACCACCAUCCUGGACAAAUUUGAAGUGGCGUUCGGGUGCGAGGGCGAGACACUCAGCCUCGGCUGCACCGUCAUCGUGUAUCCCACAGUGAAAAAGUACCAGCCUGAAGCGGUGUGGUACAGAGACUCUGUGCCCCUAAAGGAGUCGAAAUGGGUUCAUAGCCAGUGGUCCGGUCAGCGUGCCACACUCACGCUGGUCCACCUCAACAAGGAAGACGAGGGUCUGUAUACCCUGCGUGUCAACACCAAUUCCGGCUAUGACACCUACUCCGCUUACGUCUUUGUUAGAGAUGCUGAGGUGGAGGUGGCGGGGGUCCCUGUCGCCCCCUUGGAUGUCCGCUGUCAUGAUGCCAACAAAGACUAUGUGGUGGUCACCUGGAAGCAGCCAGCCGUGGAGGGCAGCAGCUCCAUCUUGGGAUACUACAUUGACAGGUGCGAGGUGGGCACUCACCACUGGGCCCAGUGCAACGACAGCCCGGUCAAGUACGCCCGCUUCCCCGUCACAGGACUGGUGGAAGGUCGGUCCUACGUCUUCAGGGUGAGGGCCUUGAACAUGGCGGGGGUCAGCCGUCCUUCACGUAUCUCUGAGGCGGUGAUCGCCAUGGAUCCCUUUGACAGGGCCCGCCUCCUCGGCCCGUCUGCUCCAUGGACGGGUAUGAUCAAGUUCACCGAGGAGGAUCACACCGUGGGCGUGAUCCCCGGAGAACCCAGUGAUGUUGUAGUUACCGAGGCAACUAAGAGCUACGUGGUGCUAGCCUGGAAGCCCCCGAUCCAAAGGGGCCACGAAGGAGUGAUGUAUUUCAUUGAGAAAUGUAUUUCUGGGACAGACUCCUGGCAGAGGGUGAACGCCGGCAUGCCAGUCAAGUCCCCUCGCUUCGCCCUUUUCGACCUGGCCGAAGGCAAAUCCUACAGCUUCCGUGUGCGCUGCUGCAACUCAGCAGGCGUCGGCGAGGCCUCUGAAGCCACGCGGGACAUCACUGUCGGCGACAUGCUGGACCUGCCCUCAGCUCCAGGAACACCAGUGGCCACCAGGAACACCAACACCUCCGUGGUGGUCUCCUGGGCAGCCUCAAAGGACGUCAAACACCUUGUGGGCUACUAUAUCGAAUACAGCGUAGUGGGCACAGACGUCUGGAUUCCUUGCAACAACAAACCUGUCAAGCAGACCAGGUUCGUGUGUCACGGCCUCACCAGCGAGACCACCUGCGUGUUCAGAGUGAAGGCGGUCAACGCCGCAGGAUACAGCCUGACCUCCUCCGAUUCCGAGUCGGUGAUCGUGCGAGCUGCCAUUUCCAUCCCUGCCGAGCCAAGCGGUGUGACACUGCUGGAGGCUCACAAGGACACCAUGGUGUUGGGCUGGAACGAGCCCUCUAACACCGGGGGAGCGGCCAUCAGAGGAUACUUUGUGGACUACAGGACCGUGAAGGGAAAGGUUGUCGGCAAGUGGCAUGAGCUCAACCUCCAGGCUUUGACCACAACCUCCUACAAGGUGGAGGACCUGAAGGAGAACAUUAUCUACCAGUUCCAGGUGCGGGCCAUGAACAUGGCAGGUGUUAGCAAAGGCUCGCUGCCCAGUGUGGCUCUGGAGUGCAAAGAGUGGACCCUGACUGUGCCAGGUGUUCCCGUUGGUCUUCAUUUUCUGGAGGUUCGGGACUCCUCUGUAGUGGUCCUGUGGGAGGCACCGGCAUUUAAUGGGCGUACUCCCGUCAACGGCUACUACCUGGACAUCAAGGAAGCUGAGGCUGGGGAGGAAGGAUGGAAGGCCGUCCACGAGAAGGCCAACAAGUCGAAAUAUAUGAAAGUGAGUGGGCUCCAGGCCGCAACAUCCUAUGUCUUCCGUGUGCGGGCUCAAAACCUUGCAGGAGUCGGGAAGCACUCUGCAGUCUUGGGUCCCAUCCUAGCCGAGACUCGCCCUGGCACCAAGGAGAUUUACGUGGACGUGGAUGACGACGGCGUGAUCUCCAUGGUCUUUGAAUGCUCUGAGAUGAGUGAAGGUUCUGAGUUUGUUUGGUCUAAGAACUACCAGGCCAUCACAGACACCUCUAGAGUGACGAUCAUCAACGAGAAGGGCAGGACCAGGGCUAUCUUUAACGACCCCUCCCUGGAGGAUCUGGGCAUUUUCUCCUGCGUGGCCACAAACACCGACGGCAUCUCCUCCAGCUACACGCUGACCGAGGAAGAUCUAAAGCAUCUUCUGGACAUCAGUCACGAGCACAAGUUCCCCGUUAUCCCAUUCAAGAAUGAAAUGGUCAUGGAGUUGCAGGAGAAGGGCCGUAUGCGAUUCUGGACUCAGGUGGAGAAGUUCUCUAAAGACUGCCAAGUGGAGUACGUCUUUAAUGAUGCCAUCAUUACUCAAGGAGAGAAGUACACCAUGAACUUCGACAAGACCACCGGUAUCAUCGAGAUGUUCAUGGACUCCCUGGAGAUGACUGAUGAAGGAACAUUCACCUUUAAUCUGGUGGAUGGCAAAGCUAAGGGCACGACUAGCUAUGUGCUCAUCGGGGAAGAGUUCAGAGAGGUGCAGAAGAAGUCACAAUUUGAGAGAGCAGAAUGGAUCAGGAAACAAGGUCCUCACUUUAUCGAGUACCUUGGUUUCACCGUUACGGCAGAAUGCGAUGUGCUGCUGAAAUGCACGGUAGGAAAUAUCAAAGCAGAGACAGAGAUCAUCUGGUCCAAAGACAGCAUCGAAAUCCGUGAUGGUGAUGAAGCCGCAAAGAAAUUGGAGCAAAAGGACGGCGUGCUGACCUUUAAUAUCGGAAAGUGGGUUAAUAAGCAAGACGUGCAAGCAGACACAGAAGACACAAAGCCGCCCGCUGAGGAUGCUUCGCUGCUGUCGCCGCCAAGACCCAAAAUUUCCAAGAAGGAUGCGGGUAUGUAUGAGGUGUUCCUGAAGGACGAGAGAGGCCAAGAUAUGAGCAGGUUUGAUCUGACAAAUGAAGGCUACCAGGAUGUGAUGAAUGAGCUGUUCAGGGUGAUUGCCAACUCGUCAUCUCAAAUUCAAGUCCUAAGUACCGAACACGGCAUCAUCCUCUACUCCACUGUCACAUAUUAUCACGAGGAACAGCGUGUUAGCUGGCUUCACAAGGACACUAAGAUUUCCGCUUCAGAGAGAGUCAAGUCGGGAGUGACGGGUGAACAGCUGUGGCUGAAGAUCAACGAGCCCACCGAGAAGGACAAGGGCAAAUACACCAUCGACGUGUUUGACGGCAAGGACGGUGUCAAGCGUGUGUUUGAUCUGAGCGGCCAAGCUUGGGAGGAAGCAUUUGAGGAAUUCCAAAGACUCAAGGCGGCAGCCAUUGCGGAGAGAAAUCGUGCCCGUGUGAUCGGAGGCCUGCCAGAUGUGGUUGCCAUCCAAGAGGGCAAGUCGCUCAACCUGACCGGCAACGUGUGGGGCGAGCCCGUUCCUGAGGUCAGCUGGACCAAGAACGAGAGGGAGCUCGUCUCAGAUGAUCGCUACCAGCUCAAGUUUGAGCACGGAAAGUUCGCCAGCAUCACCAUCGCUGCUGUCAGCAGGUCCGAUUCGGGCAAGUACGCCCUGGUGGUUAAGAACAAGUACGGCACGGAGGCGGGAGAGUUCACGGUCAGCGUCUACAACCCGGAGGACGAUGAGAAGGAGGAAGGGGAGAAGGACUGAACCAUGGAGUAGAUGAAAAUAAAGAUACAUACAGCGGCA